AUGGCACGUGUGUCUUGCCUGCGCGCGCUGCCCGUCCCGGACAUGCUGACCGGAUUGAUCGGGGCUAUCGGUACCAUGAUGGCCAUCAGAGACCACACAAAGCAGGGAGGAUCUUACCACGUCUUCGCCUCGCUGAUGGCCGCGGCCUCUCUCCACAUGAAGCCUGAAGUGGGACUGUACGCUCCAGCUGUCGUCCAGCAGUGCACUGAAAAGUUCAAAUGGGACGAGAUGGGUCCUGACCUGUUUGUGCUCGAACUGCUGGACGUGGCUCUCAAAGGGUGGAAGGAUGUUAUGCCCGCAUUCUUUGCAAAGGAAUCUCAGUAUACGACGAGACUGCAAGGUGAUUGGGGCGAUUUCGAGCUGCUAAAACCGGUAGUAAAACUGCCUAGCGUCGAGGCCUCGCCACACCAUAUCACGGCGCCGGAGCCAAACUGCUACCGUGCAAGCGAUGCGGUCUCGUGGCUAUAA